AUGGAUCAUCACAUAGAGGUUUUCCUGAAGCGCCUCUCCUACAUCGCCCUGGUCAUCGGGACCUUCACCUUCAUCCUCCUCCUCCUCGAAACCCCCGACACCUGCGUCGCACCCGAUUCCCCCCCAAAGCCCCAUCUCCGCUUCCCCCGCCACUCCUGCGACCACCGCCCCCGCCAGCACCUCCCCCUCCACAAGAAAAACAAGCGCCUCUGGUCCUCCUCCACGUGGCGCAAUCAGGUCCGUUCCUUCUCCCUCUUCUUCCACUCCCUCCACCAAAUCGGCCUCCUCCAUAACCACUCCCAGGCCCUCUGCGUCUCCGCCGGCGCCGGCCACGAGGUCAUGGCACUCUCCCAACUCGGCGUCGCUGACGUCACCGGCCUCGAGCUUCUCGAAUCGCCGCCGCUCGUCAGCCGCGCCGAUCCUCACAACCUGCCGUUCUUCGACGACGUGUUUGAUUUCGCGUUCAGUGCUAGGUUGGAGCAGGCGCUGUUCCCGUCGAGGUUCGCGGCGGAGAUGGAGAGGACGGUGAGGCCCGGCGGGGUCUGCGCGGUGGCGGUGGAGGAGUGUGGGGAUGGGGAGGUGAAGGAGAUUGCGGGGCUGUUUCGGAAUUCCAGGUUUCUUGGCGCCAUGAAUGUAACUUUGACUGGAUUGAGAAUGACAAGGAUUAUAAUGAGAGUUAAGCAUUCACCUUGAAAAAUUUUGGUAAAUCUCUCUUCUUCUUGUUUCGAAAUUGCUUAAAUUUGAUUUGGUUAGUUUUCGGUAUUUUUGUGUGUAAUUAUGGUGACAAUGCAUAGUUUUGGAUAUAGUGGUUGAAUAGGUUUAGAGUAAGUUUAGAAUUGUUGUAAAAGAGCAUGAAUUUGUACUCAUUUGUAAUCUUUCUUUUGUUAUCGAAAUGGAAAAAGAAUUGAACUUC